AUGAACUUCAGCAGACUCGACGCAAACGUACAGCUGCUAAUUGAGCAAUGCCUCUCGCUACUGCCAUCGCAACGUCCGCCGUUGCGCGAACUAUUAUCUCGAGCUCGUAAGGAGACUGUGAAGGACUUGGUGUACUUCGACUCUGUAGAGGUGUUGAGCAGAAAAAUCAAGUCAUGUGAUGAUAGGAACUGGGUACUGCGAGAAUUGGGACUCGAAGACGCUUUCUUCCUAUGGAGGCUAUGUGGUUCGUCUGCUGAGGCAAUUCUAGUCAAAAAUUGCGUCAUAACUUUGAGACAUCCCGUGCUAACUAAUCCGAGCAUCGUAGUUGAAGACCUUCGCAUGUUUGGAAAUGACGAGGGUCGUCGAUUCCAUGUUGCAUCUGGCGUAGUGAUGCUUCCGGAUAAGAAUGUGUGUGAGAAAAUAGCCUCGACUUUAUCGAUGGAUAUAUUUUUGCAAUCGUUUCUUAUAUCGCAACGUCUUAAAAACUCAGAGGAGAAGUUGUCAGUUAUCGUGAAAGAAAAGGAUAUGGUAUAUCAGGCAUCCAGGAUGCGACUCAUAAGUCAUUUGUUGAAUUCGCGCUUCUGUAAAUUGAACGAUCUUCUAUCGGCUGUGGCUUCGGACAUUCCACCUAUGCGAAGAGCAAAUGGUUGGUGA